AUGAUGGUGGCCUCUGCCGAGAGGAUUUCACCUUUGGCAGCCUUCUGGGGGAGGGUGCUUUCGCACGAGUCCUUGCAGCACGCCAUCGAUCGGGAGGCGGACCGUGGCGAGACCGGUGAGUAUGCCAUCAAGAUGGUGGACAAGAAGAUGGUGCAGGUCCGGGACCGCAGCAAAGGGGUGCUGACGGAGCGGCAGAUGCUCCUAGAGCUGGAACACCCUGGGAUCGCCACGGCCUCAACGACGGAGCCCACGGCCUAA